UGACUUACUCAAUGAUGUGCACAUUAUUCGACAUCUACUAUACAACAGAGCGGUUACCUGUUCCCCCUUUUUCUAUACAUCGUUGCCAUCUUUACGGCUGAACAUAACAUAAUAUAUUUGUUAUAGUUAACUACGUACUAUUUACAUUUUUCGUAUUACAAUUUUUAACAGAAAACACAAAAUUUAUUCUCAAAUUUUAACACUAAACACAUAAUUAGUGAUUUGGACUGAGUUGGACACGUCUUGUCGAUGGCCUGUAAUAACCACGAUGAACUUAAAGAAAACGGUGGCCAGCGAUCCAACAAUGGUGUAUGCCGCAAGUUAACCAAACAGAGUCAAAAGGUCGAUUCGGUCGGACCCGGUGGCCCGGAAACCGUCAAGUUUGUUAUCGCUGUCACUUCGGACGUUGGCAGCGAAAAGUCGUCCAAGCAUUUCAAGGGCUCAAAAGUUAAGUCAUCGCGUGGAAAGUCACGUCGUGGCAGCCGCAAGAACUUGGUAGGAACCUUGGACCAGGCGAUCAGAAAGAGAAACAUAUUUACCGCGGUGGCGAAGAUGCCUGCCGAGAUUCAGACGACGUUGAUCGAAAACGGCUGGAUCGGCAAAAUUACCGUCGCCGACGACUGUUUCCGUCGAAGCGGUACCACCGUCGAGGUGAUAUCGCUGCACAAUAACGUCGAACGCGUCAAAGUGGUCGUCAAACGUUACGAGUCUGGUCUGGUGUGGACGGACGCGCGCAGUGGCGGCGUCAACUGGAUGACGCUGCCCCCGGAUGUCGUGGUCAACAGGUUCCCGAGGGAUGCAAAUGCCGCUUUGAAGUUUUGUGGCCAUGCUCUGGCUGGAAAAUCCGAAUUCGACAACCACUAUCCGAGGGCGUACCCGGCGUGCCCCAAAGGUAUUCAUGCGGACAGCUUCGUCGCGGACUACUCGCUAACCGCUUGCGUGUCGUUACUGAGGGCAUUCGUGGAUGGCGGUCAUGACACCAUGUGCGCCAAAAACGGUCAGGUUCCUCUUUCGGCACUUAACUUUGCCUCGAUUAAAUGUCACCAAUACCUAACGGACGGCGGAUUGCUAAGGUCGGCGUCGUUUCCAGGGAAGGGCGCUGCUUGGGAAAAGUUUUUCGAACAUUACUACAAGAUCGUACACGACAGACGGAAGUUCACAGUGCCGGCAGCGGUUGACGACGAGGAAGCGGCGCUGCGCUAUCUGGCGAUGUCUAGUGGCCAGUUGGUCGACCAGCUGACCACUGCGAGGCCGCAGACGGCGAUGGAUGGUUACGAGAACGUGUGGAUUGUCAAGUCUACGGUGGCCCUGCAGAGUGGCCGGCCCGUGAUGCUGAACAAGAUCGGUGACUUGGUAGAGCGUUGCGCGCGGGUGGGCGGUGCCAACCACAUCGUUCAGAAGUACAUCGAGACGCCACUGCUGCGCGAUAACGUCAAGUCAGACGUACACACGUGGAUCGUGCUCUCGACGCUCGACAGUCGGCUGAGUGUGUGGCUGCACCGGACGUGCGCCGUGCAACCGUACCCGCACGAGUUCUCGCUGCACCGGGGCGCCACCCAGGCUGGGCAUUUCGAUCGGCUCAAGUCGGGUGGGCUACACGGGAUGCUGCGGCCGACUGCUCUGACUUGCGGCCUCAAGCAGCUCGUGGAGACUAUACGGCAUGGCAAGAAAACGGGUAAGCAGCAGAAGAAACAGCGACGUCAGCAGCAGCAACGGGUGGCGGUGAGCGAUGACGGUGAAUGCAUCAACGACGACGUCUACUCGGCGGUUAGACGGUCCGUGGUGUCGGCGAUGGCCACGGCCGCUACGGCUGGCUCGCUCGAUCUGAGACCUAACUGCUUGGAACUAUUCCGUGGCACGUUCGUCCUGGGCGACGAUACGCGGCCGUGGCUAAUCGACAUCGUGUCGGACGACCCGUGUCUGGACGCCGACUGCAGCAACAGGGAAGGUGACCGGACGGCGCCAAUGGCCAUCGUAGCACGGAGCGUAGCGCGUGGCGUGGCCAAGAUGCUGGUGGACAGCGGCCGUAAGCGGGCCACCCGGAUAGGCAUGUUCGACAUGGUGCACGAGUGUUCGAUGCCGGUCGGUGCUAUUGCGUACGCGCCUCGGCCAUUCGCCGAGUCUGUUCCUACGUCCACCGCGUACAAGUUGCUGGCCAGGAAGAUCAACCAGCCGGGCGGCCACAUGUCCACACGUGUUUCCCACAGUGACGCCCAUCGCUAUCAUCACUGGUGCGACGACUAUUCCAUCAGCACAUAUGUACAAAUGAUCAGUGCGGACGAUGUGCAGGACCAACCUCAGACGUCUUCACAGACGAUCGGUGUGAAGGUGGCGGUGUCAGCGGACGACGCAGAAGUGAGCUCAGCGGACGACGUGGAGCUGAGUUCGGAGCUGAUUUUUGGGUCGUCCGAAAACAGGGACCUCUGUGUCCGCAGCCCACCCAAAACCGCCCGGGGCUUGAAGCUGUUGAAAAAGUGCAAGACCAAAAUCUCGUCUAUGCAAAGGAUUUGCAAGUCUAUUGUACGCAGAGACCGCAAUAACAACAAUGGUGACGUCUGACCAAACUCAGCUUUUGAAGUGCUGACCGUUAAAUGCGUAUGAAUGUAUGAUUAUUAUAUUAUUAUAUUAUUGUUAUUAUACUACUAUAGUGUAGCUUGGCAGAACUGUCCAGGGCGGUCCACCAUUUAUAUCGAAAAUUUUUUAUUUUAUUUUUAAUAUUGUUUUAAAUAAUUUGACUGCAUCAUUGAAAAAUAUAAUUUAUUAAAAAAAGAGUUGAGUUGUAGAUCCUGGGCUCAUCGUUUUCACAAUCAAGUAUGAGUGUUUUUUUAAAAUGUAUAUUUAUAUUUUCAUGUCAGUUAUUUUCUUUUGAAAUAUUAAAAAUGGAAUGUCUUUGAAGUAACAUUAAAUAGUGAACACAGAACGACAGAACUAACAAUAUAUGUGAAACAUGGAACAGUCUCUUCACAUACUUGGUAGGUCAUUGUCAUCCAACAAUAUAGGUGCUAAUUAAAAAAAACAAGCUGGAGAUUGGAGCCGAUCGGGCAAAAAUAGCAUUAAGCAGUACAGGACAAACCAUGAAAAAAUCAAGAAUGAACCAAAAAAGCAUCAGGCAUGAAACAUUGUGCAAGCGAAUUCAUAACUCCCAGUUAAGUGUUGAAGCAUUUUUAAUUCAAGUGGGACAUAAUAUUAGGACACAGGUUAAUAUAGGUUAAGGAUAUAUCUGAAAUCAAAUUAGUAAUAAAAUUAGUAAUAAUUAUAUCAAUCUGAC